AUGUAAAAUUCAUAGAUGUUCCAAAACGUUGAUCUCUCCAUCGUCAUCCACCUACUGAGAGUAACAUCGUCCUUCAUCAGCCAUGACUGCCCAGGGCAGGGCAUACACAUCUACACCCACUGACGCAUCCCGAACAAUUACGCUGCAUGAUUCGCAGCCACGACCAGAAGAUGAUGCAGGUCAGGCUGGUGACUCAACGGUUGUGGGAGCUCUUAGAUUACGGGGGGAACCACGCAGGACUCGUCAGCGAGUCGCAUGGGACGAAGACGUGAUUGACAAUGAGGGAUGCGGAAAGAAGAAGUCAAAGAUCUGCUGUAUAUACCACAAGCCUCGGCGCUUUGAUGAAUCAUCUGAGGAAGAAUCAUCCGAGUCAGACUCUGAUUCAGACUGUCAGCACAGUGACUGUUCGCGUCAGAGACGGAAGCAUCAUCGCGAAGGAGACGGGCAGAACAAUGAACGGAGAGUGAUUCAUGAACUGGAAGAUGCGGGGUCGAGUAGUAAUGCGUAUGAGCGGAAUCCCAAGGCCAGAAAGAAUUAGUUGCCCACCGCUUUAUAUCCUUGGUACUCUAUAGAUAUAAUAUGAUAUCUUAUGUUCAGGAGUCGAUUCAAAACCUUGAGUCUAUCCACCAUGUUAGAUUGUUGAUUAUUAUACCGGACAUAUUUUGAACCUGUUUUGCUCGCAAAUCAUACGUACACAACUUUGACUUGUACUUAAUCAUAAUCACUUGCUUCAACCAUGCAUCAGCCUCUCAAAAGAUCAAAACGCUCGCGAGAAGAUACAGAUCACUUGUUUCAUCGAGCGCGUUCACCUUCUCCAA